GUCAGAAUGCGUCCUCCUAAAACCCUUGAGCUAAGUGGCAAAACCCUCCCGCUAUUGACAAAUUCUCAGUUCUCUCUCUUCCCGCUCGCCAUGGCUGAAUCCGGAGAGAAGAGGCCACGAGUAUCCUCCAAGCAUAAGCAGAAGAAGAAGAAGAGGAAGCUAAAAGAAAGCGGCUUGGAAGAGUCUCUCAGGCCUCGUAAGACGAGCCGUGUUGAUGCCUCGGAGGGAGCGGAAGCGGAAGCGAUGCCGGAAGAGGUUGAAGUUGUCGAUCACGAAGUCGAGGAGGGCCAGAAUGAUCCCUGGAGUAGCCUGCAGCUGAUUCUGUCUUUACAGAGCAAAGAACUCGACGUUCCAAAGAAAUUGGAGCUAGCCUUUGCUUUUGUAAAAGCAAGAGCUGAAGGCAGGUGCCAUGGUGAUGGCCAAGACUUCGAAACAGUGAAACUAUCACGAUUGAUAGUUUUCCUUAAUGAGUGGAUCCAGUCGUUGUUGAUUUCAUCUGGAAAGAAGAUUAAAGUUGGACAGAAGUCGGAUUUAAACGUUGUUCCUGAAUAUUUAGACCUGAGAUGCUGGGGAAUUUUCAAGUUCUGCUUGGAGAGGGCUGCUGUGCUGCAGAUUCCUCUCAAUAUCGCGCGGAACCUUUUGCAGCCUAUAUGUUUGGUUGCAAGACAUCCAAUGUCGGGAUUGAAUGAUGCGGCCCCGGUUUUGAAGGAGUUUGUUCUUAAUAGUGAAGAAUUCGAAUUGUACAGCAUUGUGAGCGAUUGUAUUUCUCUUCUGUUUUCAUCCCAUGAGGGCAUGUCGAACGAAAAUCUGGAAUUGUGGAUUUCUACUAUAGAUGCAGUUGUUCAGCUUGUCAAUAAAGUUCUUAUCGAGAAACUUGAAGGUGGGAAGGCUGGUGUUUUGGUUUUGCAGUUUUCCUGCUUGGUGUUUGAGCCGUUUGCUCAAUUUUUGAGGACCCACCCAAUGCGGAAAGGGGGAUUUGCUGAUUUUGUUGAUAAACUACUUGAGCCACUCUUGGAGUUGUUGGGUUUUAUGCAACUACAUAUUGAUGAAAGUAAUAGGUGGCCAAGCAACUUGCUCAAGCUAGUGGAAGAAGUAAUGUCCCAUGGUUUGUUUCAUCCUAUUCACAUUGAUGGAUUCCUUACCUUGCAUAGCACUGAUAAGUACCUCGCACGCCCUGAUGGGGAAGCAAAAAUCUCAACAACUGUCAUCAAGAGUUACCACAGACAUUUUUUCGACAAACUGGAGAGAAUUAUUGAUGGAAAGAAAUUUGUGUCAUUAAAUGGCAUGGGAGGGCUGUUUCAUUUGCUUGCUGAUAGAGUGAAGAAGCAAACAGCAAAAGCUGUGACAACUGAGGGUAUGAAAGCAUCGGCCAGUAUGAAGGUUUCGAUACAAGUGGAAGAUAAUCCCAGGGCAGAGAAGAGUUGCCUCUCGGUUCAUCUGAAUGCAGAAACUCGGAAGUCACUAUUUGAUUUCUUUGUACAAAUUACAGAGCCUCUGUUGAUGAAGCUUAAUUGUCAUCUUGAAGAUCAGAUUGAAGGGGGAGACUUGGAAGAUAUUCAUUCCAAACUCAAUUGUCUAAGGACAAUACUUUCCAGCUUUAUUUCCGAAAAGGUUUAUAUUAAGACCGAAGAUAUCUCUGGCGGAGCUUGCCUUGGGUUUCUAAAGAAAUUUUACGAUACCUUGAUUUCAUUGUCCAUUAGAUUUAAUCAAGAUUGGUCAACCAAACAUGAUGCCCUGGAUAGACCACAGGUGGAAAAUUUGCCUGCAGUUGCUGAGAAGGUGAUUGCCGCCUUGGGAUGCCUUUUGGAAAUAGAAUAUGAAGUUGUUGGAAGUGACAUUGUAACAUUGUGGUCUGUAAUGAUUUCAUUCUUAGCCUUGGGAAUGUCUCUCUGUGAGUCAACUAACAGAAGCUUGUUACUCAAAGAGAUACUAAAUCUAGGAUGCCAGCUGGUCAAUCUCUACAGUGAACUUCGCCAGGUGAACAGCAUUACUUUUGCCCUCUGUCGAGCUCUGAGACUGUUAAGACCACCUGGGGAUUCUGGUGAAACUAGUCCUGCACUUGCACCAAAAAACAGUAUUUCAUCAUGUAGAGAUUAUGUUAAGUCUAUGGGAACACUAUUUUGCUCACAAGAGUUUAAGCUAGCCCUCUGUAAUGCUAUCUCAUCAAUACCAGAGGGCCAAGCUAGUGGAUGCAUACGACAGUUAGCAGAAGAUGUAUCGGAAUCUUUGAUGUGGUUGAAACUUGAAUAUUCAAAGGUUGACGGAGAAGGAUAUGAUGAAUUGAAUAGCAGAGGCCAUGAGAUAUCGUAUAUCAAUCUGCAAUGUGAAGUUCUGGGUCGAGGUCUAUCUGAAAUAUAUAGUCUGGUGUUAGACUCAUUGACUGUUACAAGAAGUAAUAGUACAUUGGUUGGAUCAUCUAUGAAAGACCUGAUGGCCGUAAUUCGUCCUUGCUUGAGCACUUUGGUGGGUUCACCAUCAGAAAGCAUGAAUGAGUUCCUUUCAUCUCUAACAGGCUGUCCUUCACAUGAGAAGAUGAGUACAGACCACAACAGGUCCACUCAUUGGGCUCUUGUGUUCUUCUUUUCCUUAUACAUGUCAUGUCGGAGCUUAUUUAGACAAAUAGUCAGUCUUAUGCCCCCUGACUCAGCAAAAAAAAUUUCUGCAUGGAUAGGUGAUCUGCUCACAGCAUAUGCAGGAAACGAUUUGAUAGAGAGGACUGAUUGGACCGAUGAGAGCUACUUUUCCUGGAUUGUGAACCCUUCAGCUUCUCUUCUCGGUGUCAUUCAGUCUAUAUCUGACGUCUAUCUUCCAAGUAGUGUUGCAGAUUGCUCUUGUCUGAUUUAUCAACUGCAUGCAAUGGCUCUCCAGAGACUCGUUGACUUGAACAGGAUGAUAAAAUCUGCUGAAUUUGUACUGCAGACUACUGAUCUUAAGUUCCAGUCUCAGGUGCUUGAUGGUGCAGACCAGUCAGUCCAUCACAAGAAAUGCAGAAAGUGGGAAAAACGCAUUUCAAAGUUGAAAAAAGAAGCAGCAGGGCUCACUGAAUUCAUAAUGAGAUACCUUACUGUGCUGGCUGAUGGCCCAUCAUUCUCUACUUACAGUGAUACUGGUUUCAACUCACUGUCUCCUCACAAAAGUGAUAAAUGGGAUACUGGUUUUUCUACUGUGAACAGGAGAUCGUUUCCUACUGCUGUUUGGUGGAUUAUUUGUCAGAACAUUGAUGUUUGGUGCAGUCAUGCUACCAAGAAGAAGUUGAAGAUGUUUCUCUCAUUCUUGGUCCAAUCAUCUCUUUCCUCUACUGCCGAAAGCCCUGCAUAUGUUAAUCACAAAAAUGCACGCCAACCGCCAGUAGUCACGGUGCAACAGAUCUCAUUUGAACUUCUGCAUGACUCGACUCUGUACGAACAUAGAUUCGUCCACAGGCAAUUGGCAUCAUCAUUCUGUAAGAUGCUUGAGAAGUCAGCUGUAACACUACUUCCCAAUUCCUCAUCUACAGAUUUUGACUUUAGUGUAUCACCUAACUGGUCUGAGCUUUUAGAGGCACUUGAGAAAUCUUUGGAGGUUUCAAAGAGAAAGCGGUUUGGACAUGUUAGGAAACCGGUGUCCUCAUUCCAAUCGUCCAUAGAUAAUCCAAAUGUCGGAGUCUUUCAUGUAACGAGCAGGAAAUAUGCUAUAUGCCAGAAUCUACUUGGGUUUCUGUGUUGGAUGCCAAAAAGUUACUUGGAUUCAAGAUCUCUCAAGCUCUAUGUAACUCACGUUCUCAACAUCGAAAGACUUGCAGUCAGCAGGAUGUUAAAUUAUCAAGGCCAUUCCAAAUCAUGUGAUUAUUAUGAGCUAUUCAAGUUGUUUUGCUGCUGCCGUAAGGCUGUAAAGCAUCUAGUUGCUGCAUCAUGCGACGAAAAUACGGGAGCUGGACUUUUUUCAUCCUCUCCUAUUUUCUCUGAAGGUUCUUUCCCUUUCCUAUGGCUUUUGAAGUCGGCAUAUUUGGUUCUUGGCCUUCAGGAUUCUCAGGCAAAUGAUGAUCCCCACCUAUAUGCGGAUACAACUUUCUCAUUGAUGGACCAUACUUCAUAUAUUUUCCUGGUAUCUACCAAGUACUAUUUUGCUUGGGGACAUGACAGACUUCUAGAUGCUAAGGUUUCCAGUACCGAGAAUGACUCUGAUGAAGGUGAUGCUAAUUGUAAUUCAAUUCAGUUGGAUUCAUAUGCAGAUUCCUCUAAGUAUGGUGAAGCCUGGGAAAGUAUGUUCGUCAUUGCUCAGAGUGUAAAGAAAGACACUCAAGGUUUACUUGGCUCUCUUGAAGAAUCUCCUGAUAGUAAAAUGGUGAAUUUUGGUGGCAAACAUUCGUAUUUGAGUAAAUUGGCUUACUUAGCCUCCUGCUUAAGUGGGUGCUUUUGGGGCUUGGCAUCCGCUUUGAGCCACAUAGAUGCAAAAGAUGGUGGAAAUGAGGUGGCUUUGUUGAAAAGGAAAAAAGAUUUCGUUUCCAAGCUGAGCACAUUUAUGGACAUAUAUGCAGAAGUAGUUCGAUUUCAAUUCCGUAUAUUGCUUGAUCAGAGCGACAAAUUGGUGAACUACAGCGGCGACUUAUCAGGUUUUAAGGAGUUUUCGCUUAGUGAUUAUACCUCGCGGACAGAUCUCUAUGAGCACUGGAGACCAGUAAAAGGUGUGGUCAGAACCUUCUUGGAAUCACCUGGCUUCAUUUAUGAUUCUUCAAUUGCUAAUGUCAAUUCUAAUUCAAAAAUGGAUGGAGGUGGCUUUUUUCCCGGUGUUUCUGCUGAGGUCCCUUCAUUUGAUCUUCAAAUUUUGAACAAGCAUUACUUACAGCGAAUUUUGAAUGGUGAUGAACAUGAAGCAGCAUUUUUGCUGAGGCACAUAUUACUUGGUUAUUCGGCUCUCUUGAGGCUUAAUUUGCAAGUUGGUGCUGAUUGCUUGUCCCCAAAUGUUCUGCAUGUAUUGAUGGCAGUUGUACAGUUCUUGAUCUCGGAUUUGUCAAAUUCUGUUGAGGUUCCAGAACCAUUUAUAUUUGUCUCAUUAGAUGGUGUUUUGAAGCUUCUUGAGGAAUUGGGGAGCCAUUUCCCUUUAACUGAUCCUACAUUAUCCCGAAUUGUCUACUCCAGGCUUGUUGAACUGCAUCUGAUGGCUAUAGGGAAAUGCAUAUCAUUACAAGGGAAAAAGUAUACUUUGAUAUCUCACGAAAUGGAGUCAAAUACCAAAAUCCUUCAGAGUCACAUGGUAUCAUGUGAAUCAUCCUAUUCGCACUCAUCAUUCUGCUUGGAUGAAUUCAUAGCUAGGUUGAGAAUGUCAUUUGAAGUGUUCAUUAGAAAAUCAUCAGAAUUGCAUCUUCUGUCUGGAGUACAGGCAGUAGAGAGGGCUUUAGUUGGAAUUCAGGUUGGCUGCACAGCUACUUAUGAUAUCAAUACUGGAAAGGCAGGUGGAGGAAGGGUGUCCUCAUAUGUCGCAGCUGGCAUUGACUGCUUAGAUCUGCUUCUAGAAAAUGUUACCGGUCGCAAACGUUUGAGUGUUGUUCGGAGGCAUAUUCAGAGCUUAAUAGCUAGUUUAUUCAAUAUAAUUCUGCACCUUCAGGGCCCACUUAUAUUCUAUGAGAGGUCAAUUGAGAAUUUUGGUGAUAAUGACCCAGAUUCAGGAGCAGUCGUUCUCAUGUGCAUUGAAGUACUAACUAGGAUUUCAGGAAAGCAUGCCCUGUUUCAGAUGGACUCAUGGCAUGUGGCCCAAUCUUUGCGUAUACCUGCAGCACUCUUCCAAGAAUUCUCUCAGCUUCGACUGCAUAAAGCUCCAGUUGCUUCUGGUUCCAUUUCUUCUAUGGAGAAUCUAGACUGCAAUCUCAAAGCAAGCGUUGAUCAUCGAUUUUCAGUUGAUAUGUAUGAUGCAUGUUGCAGAUUACUGUAUACUGUUCUUAAGCAUCACAAAAGUGAGAGCGAAAAGUGCAUUGCGCAACUUCAAGAUUCUGUUUCUAUCCUGCUUCACGCGCUGGAGACUCGAGAUACAGACUCAGUUUCCACAAAGAACUGUUUCUCAUGGGAAGUCCAAGAGGGAAUUACAUGUGCUUGUUCUCUCCGAAGGAUCUAUGAGGAGAUGAGGCAGCAAAAGGAUGUUUUUGGUCCACAUUGUUUUAAGUUGUUAGCCAAUUACAUAUGGGUUUAUUCUGGGUUUGGCACCCUUAACAGUGGCAUCAGAAGAGAAAUUGAUGAAGCUCUGAGGCCAGGAAUUUAUGCUCUCAUUGAUGCUUGCUCCGCUGAUGACCUUCAGUAUCUUCAUACUGUGUUUGGAGAGGGUCCUUGCCGAAGCGCGCUAGCAAGGUUGCAGCAUGAUUACACGUCGAAUUUCCAGUAUGAAGGAAAAGUUUGAUUCAAGUGCCCUUCAUAAGACCAUGAUGCAGUUGGCUGAUCAUCUUUUAGCCGGAAAGCUGCUGUUUAUUUUACUUGUCCUAGGGUGGUGGCUCCAACAUAUACAGAAGAUGAUCCUGAUACUGGAAGUGCUUCAUAAAUUUGAGCCAGGAAGAUGGUUUUCUUCCAGCCAUCCUCUGCAAGCUCCUCUGAGAUAUUUUUUCUGACAAUACAGCAAUGGAAACUUAUGCAUAAUGAUGGGAGAUGGGCAUAUAUCCCUGGACAGUCUUUCAAGUUUCGAACCACCCCAAUUUUGUACGUGUACUAACCGACUCUAGUGAUCAUCGGCGGCCUAGACAUCAGAUGACUGGGGGGUAUUGCCUGAACCAAACUCCUAGCAAUUCAUUUGAUGCUGAAAUCUUCUUGAAGGUGACAAACUGUACACUGGCUUAGGCACUGGUGCUGGACCGGGGAAUAUCUACUAGCACUUGUAUACAUUUGAAGAUGUCAUUCAUGGGCUGUCUAGUUUUUAGCUUUGUGAGCAUAGAGCUAGACUAGUUAUGGACAUGCUAUAAUAUGCCAACCCUAUGCAUAAAUUAAGUGCAAAAUGGUCUUUUCAAGUUGUACCUGAAUAUUCAUUUGGUAGAGAUGAAUAAGAAGUCUUCCUCUAUCAACUGCUC